GAGGAUCCCUCUGUGCUUGGUGCCAAGGGGUUAAAGUCACACCAAGUUCCUGAAGCCAGUUGCUUCCAAGUCAGAGUCUGGCUGCUGGCUGCGGUUAGUGGGAAGGGAUUUUGUUUUUUAAUAACAUUAUAAAUAGGGCUGUGUUCAGCUUGCUGCAUGCUCACUCUCCCUUCCACCUUCUCCCUCCUCCUCCUCCUCCUUCUCCUCUUGCUGCCGCUGCUUCUCCCUGCACAUCCAUCACAGCUCUGUGGACAUGGACCGGUCAGGCUUCGUACUCAAGCUCUUUGGCUUGCUGCUAUGCCUCCUGCCCGUUCUCCAGGCAUGUCCUCAGAACUGCCACUGCCACGGGGGAGACCUCCAGCAUGUCAUCUGCGACAACGUUGGGCUGAGAAGGAUCCCCAAGGUAGCUGAGCAGACGCGUCUCCUCAACCUGCAAAGGAACAACUUCCCCGUCCUGCCGACCAACGGUUUCAGGGAGAUGAAGAACCUCGUCUCUCUCCACCUCCAGCACUCUCACAUCAAAGAGAUCUCCAGUGGAGCCUUCCGGGGCCUGAAGCAGCUGGUCUACCUUUACUUGUCCAACAAUGACAUCAGCGUCAUAAAGAUGGGGGCCUUCGAUGACCUGACGGAGCUCACCUACCUCUACCUAGACCACAACAAGAUCCCAGACCUGCCCAAGGGGCUCCUCUCCCCACUGAUCAACCUUUUCAUCCUGCAGCUAGGCAGCAAUAAGCUCCGAGAAUUGAGAGCAGGAGCCUUCCAUGGGACCAAGGAUCUCCGCUGGCUCUAUCUCUCGAACAACUCUAUCAACUCCGUCCAUCCUGCGGCCUUGGACGAUGUGGAGAACCUAGCCAUAUUCCACCUGGAUAAGAACCAUCUGACCAGCUACCCUGGGGCUGCCAUGAGCAAGCUGAGAGUGGUGGAGGACCUGAAACUCUCAAACAACCCCAUGAAGAUCAUCCCGGAUUUAGCCUUCCAGUCCUUUGGGCGCUACAUGGAGACACUCAGCCUGGACAACGUGGGCCUAGAAAAGUUUUCAGAUAAAGCAUUUGCUGGCGUAACCACACUGAAGACUGUUCACAUUGAGAACAACAAACUGUCCAGUCUUCCUGGGAACUUCCCUUUCGGCCGUCUUGAGACCCUCACCCUGUCGAACAACCCUUGGCACUGCUCCUGUCAGCUAGCCCCUCUGCGCAGGUGGCUGGAAUCCACUCGAUCACGCCCUGAUAAGUGA